AUGUACAUCACCCUCUACUACGUAGUCACCUGGCUCCCUGACUCCCUUCGCUCGGUCAGGGACCACUUCCUCUCUGUUUGCCCCACCACACUCAGCGUUGACCUCCUCAAGGAGCGCCUCCUGGCAGCUGAGAAGAGUAUAGUCGCUGUAGGAGCCUCUAGAGGUGACCCGCGUGCCCCUGUCUUUGAGGGGUGUUCCCCCUCCCCCCUUUUGCCCUCUGUUGCCUCUGCUGCUGCCGUCGACUUCGUUGGCACCGAGUCGGUCACCGCUGCGUCUGCCCCUAGUGGGAGACGCCGCACCGGCAAGGGCAAGGGGGGCAAGGGCACUGGUGGUGGUCAGCGCCAGCAGCAGCAGCGCACUUGUGAGACCCCGUCCCCCCAGCAGCUUCGUGAGUGGUACGCUGGGCGUCAGCGAGGUGGGGGUACUGAUCCCUGUACCUACGUCAUCCAUACCGGCGACCGCGCUGGUGAGCAGUGCGGGGGCCCGCACUCCAUCCAGCGGUACUUCUGCCGCCUGACGGACGCUUGGCGUCACCCGUUUACUGACGCCACUGAGAUCCCUCGCUGGGGAGAGUUGUCUAGGGCGGGGGUUGCUAUCUUUGAUCUUGACUAUGAUGCUAUUCUUGUUGCCAUGUAUGCUGUGUCUACUAGUGAUGAGGGUGACUGUUACCUGUAUGUUCCGCCUGACCCGGGCAUUGAGGCUGCUGCUCUAGGUGCUAGUGCGUCUGCUGCCUCAGGUGCUGGUGAGUUUGCUCUCUCAGGUACCACGUCGGCUCAGGCCUUACACACCUUCACCCUUGACUCGGGUGCUUCCCGCUCCUUCUUUCGAGACCGCACCACGCUUACGCCGCUCAGUCGGCCGGUUGCGGUCUCCAUGGCGGACCCCUCUGGGGGUCCUGUCCUUGCUAGCUUCUCCACUGUCUUACCUUGUCCGGCAGCCCCCUCUGGCACCCUGUCAGGUCUCUACCUCCCCUCGUUCUCUACGAACUUGCACCUCCUUGGCACGAUCUACGCCGUCGCCACUCUUCCCUCCCUCCGCCGUGAUUGCGCCUUCCUCGCCUGCGGAUCCGACCGCCGCGAGUGCAUCACAGCCCCCCCGUCGCCGCGACACACCGUCCCUGCCCCCUCCACCCUUUUUUUUUUUCCGCCGCCGCGCCUUCUCUGGCGCCGCCUGCGCAUCCCGCCGCGACGCCUCGUCGCCGCCUCCUCCUCCCCCUGCCGCGACCCCCCGUCGCCGUCUCCCUCCCACCGCCGCGCCUACUUCAGCGUCGCCCGCACAUCCCUCCGCCGCGACACCCCGUCGUCGCCUGCCCCUCCCGCUGCCGCGACGGCGCGUCGCCGCCUCCCCCUACCGCCGACGCGCCUUCCUCGGCGCUGCCUGCUCAUCCCGCCGUCGCGACGCCCCGUCAUCGCCUCCCGUCCCGCCGCCGCGACUACGCGUCGCCGCCUACGCUCCCCAUUGCCGCGACUUCGCGUCGCCGCCUACGCAUCCCGCUGCCGCGACCUUCUCGUCGCCGCUUGCACGACCCGCCGCCGCGACUUCGCGCCGCCGCGGGUCCACCCGCCGUCGCCCCUCAUGGCUACCACUCCUCCCCCUCUCCCCCCUCCCAUUGACGCCUCCUCCGUUGACAAGCUUCAGCUUGCCGCGGACCGCUCGGCGAUCAACUGGCAUUCCUUCGUCGGGAGCAUCCGCCGUGUUCUCCAAGAUGCAUUCGUCGGACCCUACUGCGUCAUCGACGUCCUCCUCCGCCGCCCGCAAGCCCUCCAGCCCACGGCACCCAAUCACCCCGGCGAACCCCCUCCACCCCCCAUUCCUCCUGGUCCUCCUCCUACUGAACCCACCUUGGAAAUCGCCACUACCCCGGCGCUCCAGGAUGCCGCCGAUGCCGCAUUUCUCCACGAUCGCCGCGAAUACCUCAUCCGCAAGGCGGAGCAUGAGGUUGCGGUACAUAACCACGACUUCGCGGUAGCGGAACGCGCCAAUUGCCUGGCGCUCCUUGAUGAGUACAAUACGGCCAUGGCGGACUACCUCCCUCGGAGCAUCGCAUGGGCCACUGCCGAUAACCGCGCCUGCACCGUCCUCCUCGGCGCACUCCCUGGUACCCUCAUGCGCCGUUUCCAAGCUCGUGAGAUGCGCACCUCCCUCAUCUGGGCCGAGCUCCAGGCGAUGUUCGAGCGUCGCGACAUCAGCUCUGUCGGCGCCCUGUUCCAGGAGUACUUCUCCAUCACCCUCGCCACUUGUGAUGGCGCAGUUGACUACGUGGGGCGCAUGCAGGAGGUCGCUGAUCGCCUUGCGGCACGCCAAGCUGCCCUCCCCGAGCCUCUGCAAAUCCACCGCCUCCUCUACAACCUCACCCCGGACUACGAUUCCCGCCUCCAUGCCUUCACUGAGGCCUGUUGA